GGAAAGUAUGGCAAUACUGUGACUUGGGAGAAUUUCCGACAGGAGUUCUUUGCCCAAUACUAUUCUGAUUUUGAGGUGAACGCUAAGAGGAGAGAGUAUACCCUCCUGACCCAAGGUGGCAAAAUGACGGUGAGGCAACUUGAACACAAAUUCAGGGAGCUCGCGGAGUUCAUACCGGAGUAUGUGUGUGACGAGAACCGGAUGGUAAAUCACUUCUGGGAUGCCUUAGACCUGGAGGUGCGUGAGAGGGCAACACAGUUGCCUAACAUGACCUUUAGCCAAGUGGUCGAGCAAGGGUUAAAAGGAGAGAAAGAAUGGGAAGAGAGAAAGUUGAAAAACGUCGAAGAGGCGAAGAAGAGAAAGUGGGAGAACCUUGGACCUCAAGGUCCUAGCAAAAAGGGGAACCAUGGGGGAGGGGCAUCUUUUCGGACACCCCCACUGCCAUCUAGGGGAAGUCAAGGCCCGGGCGGGCAAUCACAAGCCUCGGGGGUGACUCGUUGCAAGAAUUGCAAGAGGAACCACCCGGGGAAAUGUCGUGACCCUCCUAGAUGCUACCAAUGCGGGAGCACCGGACACAUGAAGAUGAGUUGCCCACAACUGGGCGGGACGAGGGCAUCAGGGCCAAGUAGUGG